AUGGAAUACAUGCCAUGCGGAUACCUACUUGGUUAUCUGAGAAAAUGCCGAGGAGUGAGGGAUCGGUAUUAUCUUGGUGAUGGUAGGGCUCAAGAUUUGACCAACUAUGAUCUUGUGAUGUUUGCCAAACAAAUCGCUGCCGGUACGGUAUUACUUGGAUCGAGAGAGAUCAUCCAUCGUGACCUUGCAGCCCGAAACAUUCUCCUCGAUGACAGCUAUGUUUGCAAAGUGACCGACUUUGGCAUGGCAUAUCAAAGCCUCAAAUAUGGCCAUGGAAAUGCCCAAAAGCGAGACACUCCUCCGUGGUUAGAAGGCCCUCACAUGUCUCAGCCUGAUCAGGAGGAAGUGAGGACUAGAGAUUAG